CUGAACUAGUAAUGCCAUAUUUGUGUUGAGUAUUGUGCAGUGAUACUAUGAAGUAUAAGUGAGAGUAGUGUAAUUUCCACUUAAAAGGUGACAAAAGAGAGGCAGAACAUGAUCCGAAGACUAGGACAUCCCUUACAUCAAGUAUUGUUCAAUCUUUCAAAAUACAAACUCAACGGAGAUAAAGCUCUUUACUUCUUCAAAGACAAUUCUAAGAUAGCAUCAUGGGGAUUGGCGUGCAACAGAAUGAAACACUCUUUGAACCAUUUUCAAACUUUGAUAAACAGAUUCAAGAAUCUCGACAAGAGGAAAUUCAUCUUCGGCGUGUUCGCAUCCUCCUUGGACUGGGACAAAGAGAGAAUUCCCGACUCAGACAUCUUGAAAUACUCAGCUGAGAUGAGCCUCAUAAUGUUCCUGAAAGACAAAAGAGACGCUUGUUUGGGGAAAAGUGAAGACUCGUGCAAAUGUACUGUCUGCUCAUCAACCGACUCCGAGUGGCAGAGCUUCAUGGACAAAGACAACAUCAUUGUGUGGAGAAGAGAGGAUGCGAAUCAUCGCGGGGAAAAGUUAUACUGCUACAAACUGUAUGGGACCUUCGACGACGUCACUGCCAUCGACUUCCUAGAAGCUCAGGUGGAUCUCGAUUACAGACUUUCCUGGGACAACCACGCGGUCCAGCUGCAGCUGCUGGACUCUGAACCUUCCACCAACAGUGACGUCAUCUACUGGGAGACAAAAUGGCCGACGUUGUUCAGCAACCGCGACUACGUCUUCAUGAGACGCUACAGAAUCGACGAGGAAAGAAACUUACUGUUCCUGGUCAACCAGAAUACGACGCAUCCUUCAAAGCCAGAAGUACCUUCUAAACAAAGAGUGGGCGAGUACUGGUCGUACAUGGUGAUCAAGCCGAAGACAACCUUCGAUCAACCUGGGUUGGAGUUCAGUCUAACCUACUUCGACAACCCGGGCUCCAAUGUGCCUUCGUCUAUGAUGAACUGGGUCACUACUUCCGUGAUGCCUGACUUCCUGAACAAGCUGAGGUUGGCGGCGCAAGGAAUGUCCAAGAGGAGAGGGGGAGCUCCCAGCGCUCUGAGGACGAAGAUGGUGGCGAAAGACAGGCAGGUUGUGGUGCUUGAAAGUCUUCGACAGACGAUGUAUUUGUUUUGAGGAAUAAAUGUAUGUAUGAAAU